UUCAUACACGCCACUGUUUUUAUCUACAGGUUGAUGUACAAGAACCCACUUGAAUUUAAACCUCACACAAACCUGUUGAUAUUAUUCAAUUUAAAGCAAAACACUGAAUUAAUGAAUAGCCUUUUAAAUAACCACUUCAAACAUGUACAGAAUUCAUUUUGACCUUACCAAACCCCACAUAGUCUAUCCGUACAGUUACGGGGGCAGGUGAGCAUCUCUAAACUCUUAACUCGCGUGAAUGCGCUUGUGAUUGAUAGGUCUAGACUCUAAGCCCCGCCCUCGUGGGCCGUCCCUGCCGAGCGAUUAUAUUAACGCCAGCCGGUGCAGUCCGUUCUCCCAUGAGGACUUCUUAACCGAUAGGAAGUGAUAACUCUUGUUUCUUUAAUAGACUUUGACAUUAACUAAGACUGAGCACUCCCGAAAGUGUUGCUCAAAACAAAUACUCUUUAAUAAAAGAGCUACUCAGUGCUAUAAAGUGACAGAGGCGCCUUACAAUGAAGUUGGAGGUUUUCUCUGCGAGUCGCCUUGUGGACAAGCCGCUGGACCUGUGCAGUGACAUGGAUGUGAAUGUGGCUUCACCGCUGUCCACGGAGGAGGAAUUGGGCUCGGAUGGAGACUGUUCAGCCAACAGUCCAGGACCAAGUGCCCCCGUUUCGGACGGGAAGGCGAAACCAUAUACGCGUAGACCCAAACCACCAUACUCCUACAUCGCGCUCAUUGCUAUGGCCAUACGUGAUUCCAACACCGGCCGCCUCACACUUGCUGAAAUAAACGAGUACUUAAUGAAAAAAUUCCCGUUCUUUCGGGGCAGCUACACGGGGUGGCGCAACUCCGUACGGCAUAACUUGUCAUUAAACGACUGCUUUUUAAAAGUGCUGCGAGACCCCUCGCGUCCGUGGGGAAAAGACAACUACUGGAUGUUGAACCCACACAGUGAAUACACUUUCGCAGACGGCGUUUUCCGCCGGAGGAGGAAGCGCAUCAGUAAGAAGAUCCUGAGCACUUCGGAAUCUCAAGAGCGCGCGCCUGCGGAUGACAGCCGGCGCGACGAAUCCUCGAAGUUUUCCAGUUCCUUCGCCAUAGACAGCAUCCUCAGCAAACCGUUUACGCGGAGGGAGCAAAGCACAGAGGACACGUGUUUUGGCACCAGGCUAAUGUUGUCGGCGGCUCCGCACUUCCUGCCAGUCGUCAUGGGCUAUCCGCCGCAGACCGGAUUCCAGGUCAGUUCUGAGGUGUCGAGUGCCUUUCCGAUCUACAGGUGUAAUACGGCAGACAUUACUAACAUCAGUCGAAUGCCGGAAUUACCGAAUUCCCUUCCGGGUUUGGCACACUCCCACACUACUGUACAAGAGACUGGAUAUCACCCCUUCAGAAUAGACUCUCUGCUGUCAUGAAAUGAGAAGUGAACAAGCCAAUUUGCAGACACUCGCACGCUUAAACGCAAUUUCUUUGGUGUUUGACACACCAGUCAUGUGCACUUUCCUCUGUUAAAUGGUGUGUUUUCGUGAUUUAAGUCCAUGCACAAUACUUACUGCAGUGCUGCAUGUCUGCUGUUUAGAUGAUGUCUUAGAUGAACCAAUGUCGCGCCAGUGCAGUGUUUACUGAUUCCAUUUUCAUUUCUUGUAUACGAUGGCAUAACCAUGCCAGUAAUUAUGGACAGAAUAUGUAUUUAAAUGUAGUCUACUUCUUUGAAAGAUUGUGUUGGGUUACACUUGUACCGUGUUUUAUGUCUGUGUAAAUAUGAUGGUUUAUUUAGAGCUGUGCUCAGUUGGACAACAUAUGCAGUUGUACUUUCGUUAAUAAAAGAAAAUAUGACAGAGAAUAAAAUUUUCAUUCAUUA